AUGGGAUCUCUAGUAAAACAAUCCAGCCAACAAUUCGAAGACGAAGGCGUGGGACAACAACAGAAAACGGGUAUCGCGUGUGAUCGGCUUCGUCAAGAGCUGAAACGAUGCAUAAAGGAAAGCGAUUGUGUUCAGAAGGAUCGACGAUCCGCCAAAGAGUGUAUUAACGCCCAUGAUGGCACCGUUCCAGACAGAUGCUUCACGUUGUUGACGACUUUUUCCGAUUGCAAGAGGUCCAUAGUAAGUUUUUUCUUGUUUUUGAUGUUUUGAACUUUAGAUUUGAAGGAUUGGUAAUGAAUUUGGUGUUAAAAGGUAAAGGAUAAUCUUGGCUAAUUGAUAAAAUUAGCUUGGUUUGAUAAGGGUUUUGAAAAUGAGGGUUUUUCCCUAUUACACUUAGUUCCUCUGGCGUGUUUAUACUUUGAUGUUCCAAAGUUUAUAUAGCACGAUUGCAGAUGAAUUUUGUGUCAUAAGAAAGAGGAGAUUUUUGUCUUACCAUGCUAAUCGGCAGUUCAUGUUAAGAUUUACGAAUUUAGGAUUUUUCCGGUAUUACACUUGCCUCUUUUGAUGAGGUUCUACUUUUUUGAUGGAUCGGGGGUCAAAAAUGACUGUUUGAUAGUAAUUUUGAUAUAAUUAGAAAGAGAAUUUUUCGUUCUAGCUAACACAUUUGAUCAAUUUGGCUAAAGUUGUAAGAUUGUGAUUUUAUUGAUAUUAUACUGGACACCUAGGUGAUCUAAACUAAAAUUUAAUCUACCAUUGUUGAUUUUUCCUUAAAACAAUGCUAUUUGAUUUUAAACGUUCCAAAUACUAUUCUCCAUCUUUUUAAAGGAUUUUAAGUUUUUAAAAAGGUAUAAUUUAAAACUUCCUCGAUAUUACCCUAACCUAAAGUAAUAUAAUUUCAGGUGGAUAUGCGCUCACGAUUCCGUGGCCGAAAGGGCGAUAUCUAG